AUGGCAGCGCCUUCGGAACAGAGAAUCGCUGUACCAAUCGACGAUCCCAACGCAGACACAGAAUGGUGCAAAAGGAAUGAUAUUCUUCGUAAACAUGGAGUCAUUCCGGAAAAACCGCCGAGUCCUACACCGAUGAUCGAGGAAGCAAUUCUCGAAGGCAGACGACUUGCACACGAGAACAGACUCGAAGGCAAAGACCUAGAUGAACUCGACGAGCUCGAAGACGAAGAAGACGACGAUUUCCUCGAAGAAUAUCGCAAAAAGCGCAUGGCGGAGCUCAACAGCUUGCAAAAGAAGUCCAUCCACGGCAGCGUUUACCCGAUAUCGAAGCCAGAUUACCAGCGCGAGGUCACAGAAGCUUCUGAGAAGGGUCCGGUUUUUGUCAACCUCACCUCGGGCAUGGGCACCAACGUUGAGUCGCGGGUGCUGUCCGACCUCUGGAGGCAGGCGGCGCAAGAAUACGGCGACAUCAAAUUUUGCGAGAUUCGAGCCAACCAAGCCAUCGAGAACUACCCCGAUCGAAAUUGUCCCACCAUAUUGGUGUACAACAAGGGCGACAUCUUGAAGCAGGUCGUCACGCUCAUGACCAUGGGCGGCGUGCGCGCGACAAUGCGCAAUAUUGACAACAUGCUGGUGGAGGUUGGCGCCGUACCGGAAUCCGACAUGCGCAUCAUCAAGAGGCGGCAAGCUGCUGAGGAUGCGGAAGAAGAGCGGCUUGCAGGAGGCAGCAAAACCAUCAAGACGGGGACUGCUGGUCGGUCCAGAGGCGACGACGACGACGACGAUUGGGAUUAA